AUGUCCUCCCAGGAUGACCAGCAUCCCCCUCUCAAUUUGGCAUCUCAACAACCUCCAUUCCCAGCUGCCGGAACCGCUCACGACUCGCCUCCAUCUUAUACACAACAAGUCGCGCAAUCCCUGGUCAAUACGGUGGCCCAGCACACCAUACCCACAGAACCUCCAAUAGCUCAGGAGGGAGGUCAACCGCCUUCAGAUUCACAGCCUGAUCCUGGGGUAGCUGACUCAGAAGCACCCAUGGGAGACAUCAUGAAGUCGGAUAGCCCGCCACCCGAUGAUAUAGGGCUGCCGGCUGUAGAGCAUCCUCAGAGUCAAUCCCAAGAGGUCGAAUCCACUACCUCUCCAGCCAUAUCGUAUGCCCCCAAAGACCAAGCGCCGGAAGGCUGGCAUGACGAAACUACACCCGAACCGACCUCUAUAUCGAGCGGCUAUGAGGCUCAACCCGAUCUCUCCGACAUGGGCCCACCUAUAGUACCUCCUGGCAGCGAUUCCCAGGGGGUCAGGUUUCCUGCCUCUUCUCCCAUAUCAUAUGCUCCGCGGGAACUAUUACCCGAAGGUCAGACUCUUGAAGAUACGGCUUCCGAUACGGCCUCCCGACCCAGCAACUAUGAAGCUCGACCCGGCUUCGGGAUCAGCAAGGAAAUUGGUUCGAUCCGAAUGGGCGCUUCAGCACUCGUAUCAGCCCUCAACGCUUUACCGUGGGAUGAUGAAGAUGAGGAAGGAGACGAGCAGGAGAAUGACGACUUGGCGCCGUCAGGUCCAGGGAGAGGAUCUGCCUCUGUCAUGCAAGAGACCGUACGGCGGCCCAAAUUGGCAAAACUUGGCUCAUCGCUCAAUACCAUUCGCCCCCUCUCGAAUCCCGCCACCCCCUUACCGACUCCAUAUGCACACCCCUCCCACAAUCUUCACUUUCCAUUCCGACAGAACGCCAUUGCGCGCAAAGCUCGGCGUCCCGGUACCACCGAGCUCGACUAUCAAUUUGCCGCUUCUCCUCCUCGCUUCGGCCAUGAGCGUCAAGGAAGCAUAGCGAGCGAAGUAAGCUCUGAUGGGGAGGUACCCUUACCGAAGGGUUUCAAGCAGAGCAAGAGGGAAAGUGGUGAUAGCAGUGUAGGGUCGAUAACCGGGGAGGAGGCGGACAUGCUCAAUGCGAGGAUCACGCAAGAGCAAGGGAUCGCGGAUGAGGAAGAGAGGGUAGAAGUGCUCAAAACAGCAAGAGAAGAAGGCGUGAGCGAGAUUGAGCUUGGCAAAGCUAUCAGCACGCGAGGCUCGCCACAGGAUCUCAACGCUGCCGCUGCCCUCAGAGAGGAAGACCUUGAAGGAGAAGACGUGAUUGCCAAGUCACUCGAAACAGACGAGUCGGAGAAGAGGCUGAUGCGGAAAGAGCGACUGGCGGAGAGGCUGAAGGAGGUCUUUGGGCUGGAGGAGAGGGAGGAGGUCUUGGGGGAGAUGAAGUGUUGGCUGUUGAGGAAUGUCAUGCUCAAGGGCUACAUGUACCACACCAAACGCCACAUCUGCUUUUUCGCCAACAUGCCAGACGAAAACAAUCUCCUCGUUAAAUCGGGUCCCCUCUACAAGAACGCCUCCCGUACAAAACUGAACACCAAGUUCUGGGUCGUCCUCAAGAACGACGUACUGUCCUGGUACGAAUCCACCUCCAACCCCUACUUCCCCAAAGGCAACAUCUCGCUCCAAUACUGUAUCUCGGUCGAUCCUGUGCGAGUCACAAAAUUCAAGAUACGGACAGCGGAGAGGAGUUACACGUUCACAGCCGAUACUGAGGGAGGAAGGGAUGAGUGGGUAAAGGUAGUGAAGAAGGUGAUGUUCAAGCUGCAACAUGAGGGGGAGACAAUCAAGGUCAUUAUACCUUUUGAGGCGGUGAUUGAUGUCGAGAAAAGCCCGACUUUGGAGUUCGCCGAGACUAUCGAAGUCAAAUGUAUGGACCCAGAAGAUCAGAUGUCGAUAGACAGCUACUUUUUCGCGUCUUUCCCUGACAACGAUUACGCUUUCGAGAUCCUCUCACAGCUCGUCCGAGAUCGUUCGCCCGAUAUAUCUCGCGCAUCGUCCGCAGACAUUCCUCGGAUCUCAUCCGCUGCCACUAUCACUGUCGGCCAAGAGUCACUCGACACGAGCUAUGCUACGCUCAAAACCCCUGUCGAUAAGCCGGCUUCUCCCUCACCGACUGGAAGCCUCCCUCAACCCAUCAAGAAGUUGAGUUCUGUCUUGAAGCCUUUGGUCUCUAGGACUGGGGACGAAGAAGCAGCAUCUCAAGAAGACGCGCCCAGCCAAAGUACCUCCGACACCACCGGCACAAGCUUUGACGGUUACCCUCCAGCCCAAGUUGGCCCACCUCCUGCCUCCAUGCUCGAAGAUAAAUCUACCUGGGGCCCAUCUUGGAUCCGCAAGCCCGCUGCCAAGAUCUUUGGAAGCUCCCCUAGCGGGUCGAUCUCUUCGCACCUGGGAAGAUCUCCGACAGAUAGUCUUACGACUGUCGUGGAGGAUCCAAGGGCGAGGUUGGGGAGAGGGAAACAGCACUCUGUCACGGAGGUCGUAGAGGCGCCUCUCAAAGACCUCCUUCAUGACACAGAGGGCGAAGAAAGUGAUGAUGAUUUUACUGGUCAUACUUCUCAAAACAGUAGCUUCCAAAGCGCCGCUGAAAAGAGGGCAGCGCGAUCAUCAUGGACGUCAGAAUCGUCUGCCGGAAGUCAGAUGGUUCAUAGCAGAUCCGACUUUUCCAUGUUGGGUUCAGACAAUGGCCACAGCGAAAGUGCGGAGAUGGUGAAGAAGUUUAGGUCGUUCUUUGCACUGAGUGAGAAAGAAGAGCUAUUGGAUCACUUUCCGGGGUAUCUGUAUAGAGUAUUGCCUAUAUCAGGAAGAUUCUUUGUGUCCACCAAUUACUUUUGUUUCAGAUCAUCACAGCUUCUCUACAAGACCAAGGCAAGUUCAAUGAUCAUCCCCAUUCGGGACUUGUACGGCCUCAAGGCCCAGAAGGCUUUCCGAUUCGGCCACUCGGGCCUCAUCAUCGUGAUCAAAGGCCACGAAGAACUCUUCCUCGAAUUCUCCAACCCCGACCGACGAAAAGCCUGUAUCUCUAUUCUCGAAGAACGCAUGGAGACUGUCCGCCUAUCCGUCUCCUCGGGCCAGACCCCUCCAGACCAGAACCGGAUCAAAGCGCAUAUCAUGGAAGAUUUGGACGAGUCUCAUCCAAUCGAAGCCAGGACGCCUUUAGGCAGCGGUAUGAGCUCACCCUCGCCGAUGUUCGGGUCAGCGACGUCAACCUCGUUCUUGGAGUUUAAGCCGGAGCCUAUGAGGAUCACGUGUCUGACAAUUGGGAGUCGGGGAGAUGUGCAGCCGUAUAUCGCCUUGUGCAAGGGGCUACAGGCGGAAGGCCACCGAACAAAGAUCGCGACACACGGGGAGUACAAAGACUGGGUGGAAGGCCACGGGAUUGAAUUUGAGAGUGUUGGUGGCGAUCCGGCAGAGCUCAUGCAGAUGUGUGUCGAUAAUGGCAUGUUUACUGUCUCCUUCCUCAAGGAAGGCUUGCAAAAGUUCCGUGGUUGGCUUGAUGAUCUGCUCAACUCUUCCUGGCAAGCAUGCCAAGGAUCGGACCUACUUAUCGAGUCUCCGAGUGCUAUGAGCGGAAUCCAUAUUGCAGAGGCGUUGCGAAUUCCCUACUACCGAGCGUUCACAAUGCCCUGGACGAGGACACGAGCAUACCCUCACGCUUUCGCCGUCCCGGAAAGUCGCCGCGGAGGAUCCUACAACUACAUGACAUACACCAUGUUCGACCAAGUCUUCUGGCGCGCCAUCUCCUCCCAAAUCAACCGCUGGCGCCGACACGAACUCUCCCUCGAUAACACCACCUUUGACAAGAUGGAGCAGCACAAAGUACCGUUCUUGUACAACUUUUCACCGAGUGUCGUCCCGGCGCCGUUGGAUUGGACAGAGUGGAUACAUGUGACGGGGUAUUGGUUCUUGGAUAAACCGGAUGAAAAAGAAGGAGACACGGAGAAGAAAUGGUGUCCCCCGGAUGGUUUGGUCGAGUUCAUCGACGGGGCACAUGCGAACGGGAAGAAGGUGGUGUAUAUUGGCUUUGGCUCUAUAGUCGUCUCCGAUCCUGAAGAGAUGACUCGCUGCGUCGUAGAGGCUGUUAUCAGCAGUGGCGUCCACGCUAUCCUUUCGAAGGGCUGGUCCGAUAGAGGCACAAAAGCACGAGGAGAGUCAACCUUGAAGGUGACGAGUGGACUUGGAAGGCUGACUGUGAACCAUAGCGCGAUUGACUCAAUUGAUCAUGGAUGGUUGUUCCCGAAGAUUGAUGCGGCUUGCCAUCACGGUGGAGCUGGUACCACGGGCGCGAGCUUGCGCGCUGGUAUCCCUACAAUCAUCAAACCCUUCUUUGGCGACCAAGCCUUCUGGGCCGAGCGUGUCGAGUCUCUCAACGUUGGUUCCGCCAUCCGAAAACUCGGUUCUGAACAAUUGGCCAAAGCGCUUGUGAAAGCGACGAGUGACGAGAAGCAAAUAGCGAAAGCGAAAGAUGUUGGGGAAGUGGUGAAAAGGGAGAAUGGGGUGGCUAGAGCUAUAGAGGCGAUCUAUCGGGAUUUGGAAUACGCCAAGUCGAUUAUCAAGCCUCCUCCCGCGUCGGCCAUAGACGACAAGCAGGACAAUCUAAACCGAGUCUCUUCCCUCCUCGACCCUCUCACGUCUCCCGACUUGUCCCUCAAGAACAUCCGUUCCCGCUCUCGAUCUCACUCCCGAUCCCACUCCAAAUCUCAUUCUUCCUCUUUUUCGCACACUGCCUCUCCACGCAGGGCUAGUAUCAGUUCGGUUUUGGGUGGGGGAGGGGACGAAGAAGAGUGGUCGGUCAUUCCGGAGGGGGCGGGUAUGAGCCGAAGUGGUAGUCUGAGCCCAAGCGCGGGCGUCAGGGGGAGUCCGGAGAAGAGAGGAGGUAUGGGGCUGGGUAUGGGGGCGGUCCUCGGGAGGGAGGUGUUGAGAGGUGCGGCCGGGUUGCCUUUGCCGAAUCCUUUUGGCAAGUGGAGGAGCGGAGAAGAGUGA